AUGGAGCUCCUUACUCUUACGGGCGGCUCCUGCUUCACGGCCUCCGAGGCCGUCAAGUUGAAGGAGCAGAUCAACAAGACAGCCCCCAUCAAGGUCUCGUCUGUCUCGGGCGUCUGGGUCUAUUAUGCGCACAUCGCUGGCGAUGCCAAUUCCGCCCAGCAGAAGCUCGCCCAGCUUCUCCCUCUCUCUGCCGACCAGGCCGCCCCCCAUCUUACACACAUUGGCUAUGGGCGCAAGUGGUAUGUGACUCCUCGCUACCUCUCGCCAUGGAGCUCCAAGGCCACCAGCAUUGCCCAGGUCUGCGGCUUCGAGAAGGAGAUCCACCGCAUUGAGCGCGGCCGUCUCAUCCACAUCGAGUUUGAGCAGCCCUUCAACGACAAGAACAUCACCUUCCGCGAUGUUCUGCACGACCGCAUGACCGAGACCUUCUCGGCCGACGCCCCCGACCUGGUCACCAUGUUUGCCGAGGGCCAGCCCCAGACUCUGGAAGUCGUCGACAUCUUCGCCCCUGGCAAGGACCCUAUCCAGGUCCUGCAAGAAUACAACAAAGAACGCGGCUUGGCGCUUGACCAGUCCGAGAUCGAGUACCUGGUCGAGAAGUUCUCCCAGCUCGGUCGCCCCCCUCACGAUGUUGAGCUCUUCAUGUUCGCUCAGGUCAACUCUGAGCACUGCCGUCACAAGCAGUUCAAUGCCAACUGGACCAUCGAUGGCAUCUCCAAGGGCAAGAGCCUCUUCGAGAUGAUCAGAAACACUCACAAGGUCACCCCCGACUUCACUGUCUCGGCCUAUAGCGACAACGCUGCCGUCAUGGAGGGUGACCACGUCAACUUCUGGUCCCCCGACUAUUCGACCGGCUCGUGGAAGUUGAACAAGGAGUUGAUUCAUGUCCUGGCCAAGGUCGAAACACACAACCACCCCACUGCUAUUGCGCCCUUCCCCGGUGCCGCCACUGGUUCUGGUGGUGAGAUCCGUGAUGAAGGUGCCGUCGGCAGAGGCUCUAUGCCCAAGGCUGGUCUUAGCGGCUUCUGGGUCUCUGACCUGCACAUCCCCGAUCACACUGCCCCGUGGGAGAUCGACGUCGGCCGCCCGGCCCACUAUGCCAGCGCUUUGGAUAUCAUGCUGGAAGCUCCCAUUGGUAGCGCCCGCUUCAACAACGAGUUCGGCCGUCCCUGCCUUACUGGUACCUUCCGCACCCUCCUUACCGCCGAUGACACCAAGGCGGAGGGUGAGUUCCGCGGUUACCACAAGCCCAUCAUGAUUGCUGGUGGUGUUGGUACCGUUAGGGAGAACCAUGCGCUCAAGAACCCAUCCGACGUGCAAGAGGGCGCCCACGUCAUUGUUCUCGGUGGCCCCGCUAUGCUUAUUGGCUUGGGCGGUGGUGCCGCUUCGAGCAACGACUCUGGCGAAGGUAACGCCGAUCUUGAUUUCGACAGUGUUCAGCGCGGUAAUCCCGAACAGGAGAGACGCGCCCAGAUGGUCAUCAACACCUGCGUUGCUCUUGGCAUCCAGAACCCUAUCGCCAUGAUCCACGAUGUGGGUGCUGGUGGUCUUUCUAAUGCCUUGCCCGAGCUUGUGAAGGAUGCUGGCUUCGGUGGCAGAUUCGAGCUGCGCGAGGUUGAGUGCGUCGACAAGAGCAUGAGCCCUCUUCAGAUCUGGUGUAACGAGGCUCAGGAGCGUUACGUCUUGCUCGUCAACCCUGAUAGCAUGGAGCGUUUCACCAGCAUUUGCCGGAGAGAACGUUGCGGCUUCUCUGACGUCGGAACCGUCAUCACCAAGGAGGCCGAUGGCGUUUCCAAGCUCAUCUUGAGCGACAAGCAGUCCAACGAGUACCCCCGUCCUAUUGAUGUCCCUAUGGAUGUCCUCUUCCCCAAGGGACGUAAGCUCGAGCGCAUUGUCACUUCCAAGAAGCCCCAGUGGCCUACUUUCAACCCUGUUGCCAGCCUGAAGGAGGCCUUUGGCGAUUCGACUAGCGACGAAAACCUUCUCAGACAAGCCGUUCAGCGUGUCUUCUGGCUGCCAUCUGUUGGCUCCAAGUCCUUCCUGAUCACCAUCGGUGACCGUACAGUCGGUGGUCUUACCGUGCGUGAUCAGAUGGUUGGUCCUUGGCAGGUUCCUGUUGCCGAUGUCGCUGUCACCCUCUCCUCGUUCGGCCUUAAUGGCGUCAAGGGUGGCGAGGCCAUGGCCAUGGGCGAGAAGCCCACUCUUGCUCUUAUUUCUCCUGCUGCUUCUGCCAGAAUGGCGGUUGCCGAAAGUUUGUUGAACCUCGGUGCUGCCGACAUCAAGGCUGGAUCCCAGCGUGGUGAUCUCAAGCGCGUCAAGCUCUCCGCCAACUGGAUGGCCGCUGUGAACCACCCCGGUGAGGGUGCCGCUCUCUACGAGGCCGUCGAGGCCAUUGGUAUGGAGAUGUGCCCUGAGCUCGGCAUCAGCAUUCCUGUUGGAAAGGACUCGACCUCCAUGAAAGCAUCCUGGAAGGAUGGCGAGGCCAAGAAGAGUGUCACUGCCCCUGUUUCCGUCGUCAUUACCGCCUUCACCACGGUUGAGGACGUUCGCAGGACUUGGACUCCUCAGCUUCGUCGCGUGGAGGAAGUUGGCGAGACCGUUCUCCUGUUCGUCGACUUGGCCAAGGGCUUCAAGGCUCUGGGUGGCUCUGCUCUUGCUCAGUCCUUCGGCGCGAUCGGCCACGAGGCGCCUGAUGUGCGCGAUGUGGAUCUCCUCAAGGACUACUUCGAUGCUCUUGCGCAGCUCCACGAGAGCGGCGUCGUCCUUGCCUAUCACGACAGGUCCGAUGGUGGCUUGAUCACCACUGUUGCUGAGAUGAUGUUCGCCGGUCGCUGCGGCGUCGACUUGACCUUGGACGGCGUCUCCAAGUCUGGAAGCUUGGCCGAUCUCACCGAUGCGCUCUUCAACGAGGAGCUUGGUGCCGUCUUCCAGGUUCGUGCCGAGGAUGAGACCAACUUCAAGCGCUGCUUCGCCACUUGCGGUCCUCCUGCUGGCCUGAUCCGUAAGAUUGGUGUCGUUCUGCCCAGUGCCAAGCAAAUACUUGCCAUUCGCUAUGGCGAGGGUACCCCCUUCGUCACUCUUGACCGGGCUGAGAUGCAGCAGUGGUGGAGCAAGACCUCGUACGAGAUGCAGAAGUUGAGAGAUACCCCGGCCUGUGCCGACUCUGAGUACGCUGCCCUCCUUGACUCUCAAGACCCGGGUCUCUCCUACACCCUUACCUAUUCUCCCGCCGAGAACAUCGUUCCCUUCACUGCUUCCAUCACUGGCUUCUUCGGCAAGACGCCUCGCGUUGCUAUUCUCAGAGAGCAGGGUGUCAACGGCUACGCCGAAAUGGCCUUUGCCUUCCGUGCCGCUGGCUUCGAUGCGGUGGAUGUCCACAUGACCGACAUCAUCAACGGCCGCUCUCUCGCCGACUUCGUCGGUCUCGCCGCCUGCGGUGGCUUCUCCUACGGUGACGUUCUCGGCGCCGGCCAGGGUUGGGCCAAGUCCAUCCUGCUGCACGAGAAGGCCCGCGCCGAGCUCGAGGCCUUCUUCAACCGCAAGGACACCUUCAGCUUGGGCGUCUGCAACGGCUGCCAGAUGCUUUCCCGUCUCAAAUCGCUGAUCCCCGGCGCCGAGCACUUCCCCACGUUUGUGCAGAACGCCUCGGCCCAGUUCGAGGCCCGCUACGGCAUGGUCAAGAUCGAGGACGGAGAGGCCAGCAAAAACUCGGUAUUCUUCAACGGCAUGGGCGGAUCCAGCCUCCCCAUCGUCGUCUCUCACGGCGAGGGCCGCGCCGAGUUCGACUCGCAGGCCGACUUCCAGGCGCUCACUCAGCAGAACGGUAUCCCCAUCCGCUACGUCGAUAACCGCCUGAACGUCACGGAGGAGUACCCCUUCAACCCCAACGGCAGCCCGGCCGGUAUCGCCGGUGUGGCUAGCAGGGACGGCCGUGUCCUGGCCAUGAUGCCUCACCCCGAGAGAACCAUCAUGGCUGACGUGACGAGCUAUGCUCCCGAGGACCAGCUUGCUCAGUGGGGCGAGUUCGGCCCCUGGUUGAGGAUGUUCAGGAGCGCUAGACGCUGGGUUGGCUAA